AGGGUUCUUCAAAGAAAGGGAAAAGGGAAUUUUGCAAUUUCUGGGUUAGGGUUUGGAAUUAUGUCUGAUUGGGUUGGGGAUACAUCGGAUUAUACGCCAUGGAAAGAAUUAGUGUAUCAAAGUGAUCAUGAUGAUCCUGAUUUCGAGCCUCCAGAGAGUGAGAGUGAUGUGGUCGACAGUGGAAUUGAAAGCGGAGAUGAGGGAGAUGGUGAGGACGCUAGUGUUGGAGGAGACGACUCCGACAGUGAAGGUGAAGAAGGUCAAAGAGAGAAGAAACCGAGGAGAAAAGAGAACAAAGUUCUGCGUGAAGAAGACAUAAUGGAGAGGUUUGAGUUCGAGAUGGAGGACGCAGUGGCAAAUUGGUUUGAUGCGUUUCAGAUUCGUCGUGGUGUAAUUCCAGAGAGUGAUAAUGAAGAUGAGGAUCCUGUGGUCACUAGAGAUAGGAAGAUUAGGUGGAAACGGAUAAUGGAUGGUGAUGUUCAGGAUUUGAAAGAAUUUAUCUCUGCAAUUUUGUUUGGAAUCGUGGAGUGUACAAAUGGAGACACAAACAAAUCAAACUCCGAAACCGGCCAUGAAGUACUCAAUUGACGAAUCAGCAGCGACGAAGUUGAAAGAGCUUUGUUUUGAAUAAUAACGCACACCAAAUGUUCGACGUUAUGUCCCUGAGAGUUUUGGAACAAGUAUGUUUUAAGGCUUGGAAGAUUUGUUAAAUGGGUACCAUCAGUUUUCUACUUUUGAUCUCAGUCUAAUCUACUUUUAAUAGCUAUAUCAAGAACAGAGGUCGCUCAUGUGUCUUUUUCUUUCCUUUUUGUUGUCUUGACUUUCUGUGUUUGACUGCUGAAUUGGUCAUUGUGUUGUUUGAGUAGCUUCUUGUUUGUUUCCAUGAUCCUGAAUAAAAUUGUUACUUUCUU